CUCAGACUUCCUCCUUUACUUGGCUGGACACUACGCCACAUCCCGCCCGCCUUGGACUGUGUGGUGUCCGGCAGCGUCGCCUGCAUCAUGGGGGGCCUUGGACCCUCCAACAGGCUCCUGUCUCUCCUGACCGUGGGUGGUCUCAGCCUCGUUCAGGCCCACGCAGACUGCAGCUGCUCUUCGGUGAGCCCCAGCGUGCUGGCGGCGAUCGUGCUGGGGGACCUGUUGCUCACCCUCCUCGUCGCCCUGGCCGUGUACUCCCUGGGCCGGCUGGUCCCUCGGGGGCGAGGACCCACGGAGGCAGUGACCGGGAAACAGCGCAUCACUGAGACAGAGUCGCCUUAUCAGGAGCUCCAAGGCCAGAGGACAGAUGUCUACAGCAACCUCAACACACAGAGGCCAUAUUAAAAAUGAGCCCAAACCAGGGCAGUCAACAACCUGAUGCCUGGAUCCAAACAUUCCUGAUGCCUGCCCAGCACCCUAUUCCUACUCCAAGAUACAGCUCCAGAGUGUCCACAGUGAGACGUCAGACCUCUCCCCACUACUGCCCCCAAAUAAACAUGGAGCACACAAAUAAUGUUGAGUUAUUCCAG